AUGUGCGGCUCCGACUGCUUCUUGAUGCUCCUAAGCGUCCUGUUCCCACCUGUGGGGGUAUGGGUAAAGAAAGGCCUCUGCAGUGCCGACUCUCUUAUCAACCUCGCGCUCUGCUGUCUCGGUUUCCUGCCAGGCCUCCUACACGCCUGGUACGUGAUCCUCCAAAACCCAGAUCCGUACGACGCAUACCAGCAAGUGCCCGAUCGCGAACGCGGCGCAAACAGCAACGGCGGAACCACAUACUAUGUCAUCACCCACGAGCAGCCGGCUGGAGGACAAGCGAAUUACGGCACCGUGGGCAGCCAGCCAAGCAACGGCCAGUUCCCCGGACAGCAGAGUGGCGUGACAAACAGCUUUGCGCAGCCAAAGGGAAGCAAGGCCGCGAAGGGCGCUUCAGCCCCGAAUGCUUCUGCACCGCAAGCCGGCGAAGGUAGCUCGAGUCAGCCUGAAGGGCCACCACCGACCUACGCAGAUGUGAUCAAGGGCGACAACAAGGUUCAGGGCCCAUAA